AGUUCCGCAAAGGAAGAAAAAAACAUCCAAUGCAGUCGUUCUUCACAGCCGAUAUCUGACAUCGAUCAGCGGUUCCCCGUAGGGCUGUAACUGGCAUGUUCAGCGGUGUUGGAGCUUAGUAAAGCCUGCAUCACAGCGAGCAGUGACACCGGGUCUGAACGGAGGGUAUGAGCAGGGUGUGGAUGUGCUGAUAGCCUGGCAGUGGUAGCUCACCUGUUAGUGUUGCUGAUGGAGAACACCGAGGAGUAUUCGCCCCUCCGGAUCACCCCGACCGUCCGGGCGCUGAGCUCCGCACUGCGGGUGAAACGAGAGGAUGUCCUCGAUGGCAGCCGGGAAAACGGCGAAAGGAUCUUCCCUGAGACGGAGAAGCUAUGGUUCAAGGAGAGCAGCGCUAAAAACCUCCGGAACAGGGACUUCUUGUCGCCGACCACGAUGCUCAACACGCUGUAUGCGGACGGGCAGGUCCCUCCAGCAGUGAUGUCCAGGGUCCUGUCCCUGCGUGGCAGUGGGGUUCUCCCUGUGGCCGGUGGGGAGGUAACGGGUGAGGGUCUGAGGGUGAGGGUGGACCGGGCCGCAGCCUUCAAAGCUGUCCUGGCAGAUGCAGCCACAGAGUACCUGAAGCCCUCGGGCCAGAGGCAGGGCUGUGUGGUGCUCAACUGCCCCGCGCUGCACCCUAAACCCAACACACCCACUCCUGACACACUGACCCUGGGCCAGCUGAGGACUGUUCUGCUGGCUGACCACAUGGGGGUGCUGCUGAGAAGACAAGGAUUGGCAGUGUCUUACUGCCCCACGCUUCCUGAAGACAGCAACAUCAUCACCUUUCUCCGAGCCCUGGGCAUCGAUUGGCCGACAGCUCCAGCCAACUGGACCAAUGAGGAGCGGGAGGAGAAGAUUCAGGAUGCGCUGGAGAACUCCCCAUACAAAGAGAGGGAAACAGAAAGAGGCAGGAGAACCAGCGGAGGAGAGGCAGAGGAAGGGGAGAAUGAGGGAGGCCUCAGGGUUAACCUGAAACGCGUGUUCCAGGAGGAGGGGCUGCUGGGAUACGACCCCAGCAUCGGUACCUGCACAGUUCACAGGGACAGUGUUUCCCACCUGGCGCAGCUGGACCGAGCCACUGCCGACUGCACAGUAGCCAUGGCAACAGUGUUACAUGUGACUUCCUGUCAGGAUGAGUUCCGCCAGCAGCAGAUAGCAGUGCUGUGGAGAGCCAGUGGAGCGACACACACGCAGAGACAUCUGGUGUGUGGGCCGGUGAAGACUCCUGGCUCUCACCUCACCGCUGCACAGUAUCUGCAGCUGAGAAGAGGUCAGAUGAAGGAGGCCUCAGAGAUGAAGUAUGGAGAUCAGGUAGAAGGUCAGACGUGGGAUGACAUCAUCAGGGUCAUGACCUCUGCCACCGUCAGAUUUGAGCUGCUGUCAACGGUCCACACCAGUCCUGUGACACUGGACGUCCAGAGGGAAGGGGGCGUCUCCACCAAAGGGCCGAGAGGAGGAGUGUUUGUGAUGUAUAACUGCGCCAGACUGCACACUCUGUUCGACAGCUACGAGAGAGGGGUGGAGAAGGGUCUCUACCCAGAAAUCCCUGACACCUCCAAGCUGGACUUCUCUGCUCUGAAAGAGGAGGGCGAGUGGCUUCUGCUGUUCAAUUACCUCAUUACAUUCUCCGAGCAGCUGGACCAAUCAGGACAAGCGUUAGACUGUGAAGGGGGAGGAGCCAGAGUCAACAUUAAGACUGAACAGAUCUGUAAAUUCCUAGUGUCUCUCAGUAAAGACUUCAGCUCGUACUACAACAGAGUCCAUGUGCUGGGGGAGCCGCUGCCUCAUCUGUUCAACCAGAUGUUUUGUCGUCUGCAUCUGUUGAGAGCGUUGAGAGAGCUCUACCACAGUGCUCUGGAGACCCUCAACCUCCCCCCCAUCAGGCAACUAUAGCCUGGACAUGAUUCUCUCUUCCUGGGAUCUCUGCUGACCCUACCUCUUCACCUAUCUCACUUAGACACACACUCACAUGUGUUUUGCAACUGUAGCUUCAUCACGUACACACUUCCUUUAGCAGUGAACAUGUAUUCAACUAAGACAAUCCCAUAUUUUGGCAACGUUUCAGCUCAGGCUGUGACAGUCGAGUGUUAUGUUAUACAGGUGCCCACUGUAAGAGAUGAGACAUAUAAAGUACUACAAUAUGACCCAUAAAUCAUUACAUGUGACGUAAGUAACCUCUCAAUUGUUCAGCUUGAAUUUCCUGGAGAAUGUGAGCUGUUGAAGUAUCAGUUUCACAUUUGAGGUUAUGUUUCUUACUGAGAGUUAGAGGAGAAUAUCACCGCUCUAAUGUCUGUACAGUAAAUAUGAAGCUACAGCCAGUUAGCUUAGCUAACGACCGCAAGCAGAGGGACAAUCUCCAAUAUACAAGUUAUAUCUUGUAUUUGUACAAAAUCCAAGUAUAACAAAAACAUUAUGCGUUUGACAAACGUAUGACUGGGCAUUUUGCAGGAUGUUAAUGGUCCCAGUCGAUAAAACACAUAACCGUAUUAAAACUAGAAUUGUUGUUAUACACUUUGGUUUUUGAACAUUUUGGACAAGAAUAUAAAAAACAAUGACAAUCAUGUUGUCCAUAUUCACUGUACUUAAGAGAAUUGUAUCAAUCUUAUCCUCCAACCCUCCAUAACAAGGCUAAGUGUAGUUCCAAAACGUGAAAAUAUACAUUUAAAACAACAUACGUCUUGCCAUUUGUAUUCAUUUCCAAUUCUAACUAAAGCCUUUAUUUUACCUUUCCAAAAAUCUAAUCAGCGUCAAAUGUUUUAAGUAGGUUAGAUUGAAACUAACACGCCUCUACAAUUUAUAUUUCUGAGAAUUAAAAACAUUUUUAUUAAUCAUGACAUUAUGCAUCGAAAAAAUACGCCAGUUUAGGAGAGAAUAAAAACGUUCCCAACUGUUAACGGUAAAAUUGUUAUGACAAAGUCAGACAGGACAUUUUAAUAUACUAUAAAUCAAGUUAUUAAAGUAUUGGGUUUAAAUACAUUAACAAUUAGAUUUAAACAUAAGGAAAUAAUAACAUUACUGGGUGCUUCACCUCAUUUAAACUCUACACCUUGUUUCACUUUCUAAUUUGCCUCAAUAUGAUAACAGUCCCCUAUUAACUGUCACUUAGACAUGGGUGUCUUACUCACUGCCUGAAAAGAGUCGUUUUGCUUUUAAUAAGCCUUGCUUUACUGUUAAAGGCCCCUUUCAUGUACCUUAUCCACCGUGUAUUUAUUAAUGACACAAGAUUAUUUAUUGUCAUUUAAAAAAAUGGUACAGAUCAUAUAUUCUGCACAUGAGUCUUACUUGCUGUGUUCAAAGCCCUCCUAUCCCUUUUACCCUGCUUGACAAAUCACAGAUGUUUAGUAUCAAUCCUCAUACCAGAUGUUAUAGGUGUUCAUCAUUGAUUGACAAAGACAGUACAUUUAGGGCAUCGUGCCAUAACGUUAGGAAAUGCAUGAAAUGGCAUGAAAGUGAUAUAUAUGGAGAGUUUUAUGCCAAAAAUGUUAUUUAUACAUUUUUCUUAAUGACCUGAAAUUGAUCCUUGAAUAAUGUGAAAUGUGUUGCCAUUAUCUGUUCAAAUGUGCCAUAACUUGUUUUAAAAGCUCUGCUAUACAUUAUUUAGUAAGUUGGUGUUUUUAUUUUAUUUUGUAUUAAUAUUUCAUGUUGGAACAAAACAUACACAAGUCUAAAGAAAAUCUUACUCCUCACUGCAUGACAUGUUGUUUGAACUCUGCAAAUGUAGCUCGUCUCUGAAUGGUGUUUUUAAUGUUUAGUUUUUUACGUUUCUUUAGAAAAGGGACUUUCAAUAUGCAGAUUUCUUUACAGUGACUGGCUUGAUGACCACAGCUGUAAUCGCCACAGUAUUAAAGGGAAUAAGCAGAAUGAGGGACGUGUUCAUACCCUAUAGUGUCUCUGUAAUAUAUAUAUAUCUAUUUAUAUGAUAGAUACAGUAUGCCAUGUUUUCACCCUCAGGCCUCAACAUCUUUGACCUUCUUCUCCUCCUCUCUCCCUCCUCUCUGCUACCCUCGCUCCCAUCUCUUCUAUCUUUUGAUCCUGUGCUGUGUUUUAUUCUCACAUUCAGUCUAGAUGCAGCUGAUUAUUGAAGUUCAAUUGCUUUCCUAUCAAAUUCUUCUUGUGUACAUGAUUACAUUCUUGAUGUGGAGACUUUUCAGCUGGAAACUAACCAAGAUUACUCAAAUCCUAGAGCAUAAAUAAGGCUUUUAAAGUAAGAAUGAAUUGCUCAUCCAAAACGGCUUUAUAAUGGAUAUUUUCAGUUGUACUUAUCUCCUUUUCAGUAUUAAAAGAAGUUACAUUCUAAAGCACCAGCUGUUAGCAUUUCAAUCUUCAGAGUAUGUUCUUAUCCUGAAAAAUCUCCACAUAGCUUUCUGACAUACAUACAUAGUGUGUAUGCCCAUCUCAAUGUAAAUGAUAACUCUGCUACACACAUCUGCCCGCCUACAGUUUCUGUGUCGUUCCUGUCUGCAGAAUUAAAAUAACCAUGACAGAC